AUGAGCAUGUUGCCCGAAAGCAGGGAAAAGAAAGCAGAUAAGCAGUGCUGGGAUUGCCUGAAGCGACGGCUAGUGUGCGAUCGCACGAUACCACGUUGCAGGAAAUGCCAGAAUGGCGGCAAGCAGUGUCUAGGCUACGGCGAGGAAAAGCCGCUACAAUGGGUCCCGGUCGGAAAAAUUACAGCCAGGCGGAGCAAGAACAGUAGUACUUUGCCAUCUACAGCACUACUACCGCCUUCAAAAGGCUCAACGCUUGGGAGGGUCGCGCACGUUCCUCCCAAUCAACCUAUUGAUGGAGGAUCCGUGAAUCUCAAUGGCCCUUCAUCUCCAACACCCCCUUGCGAAGAUGAAAACGAGGAUCUCGCGUUCUGGCAGUCGGCUUUCGGCGUUGUGUUACCUACCCAAGAUGAUGACUCUCAACACCUGACCAAAGAACAGCAUGAUACCGUCAUCUGCAGCCUAGCUCCUAUACACGCGAGGAUCUUGAAAGAUAUUGAUCGUAUGUUCCGAGCGGGAAGUCGGGCUAGGAUAGAGGACAUAGUGGCCAGGGGCCUCCAUGAUGAAGCCGCCAAACUGUUACACACGCAACGACAACCCGUGAAGAUACUCGAGCAUCUCCUCAUCUUCAUGCGCUCAGAGAAACUGCCAUAUUAUGAUUUCCUCUCCGACGAAACCGCCCAGGUAGUACAAGCCGUUCAUUAUUAUAAUAGCCGGAUACAUCCUGAUGUCCUGGCCUCUGCGGAACUCGCACCGAACCCAGCAAUGACUAUGUUUCCCCUGCAAGCUUUGCAUGUCUUACCUCCCACGGUACAUCACACAUUCGUCUGUAUGUCUGUAAAUCACUUUAUUCACUCGCUACCAGUAGGGGCAGAUAAGCAAAUUGCAGUAGCAAAUAGGUUGAAGCUCUACCAUCAUCGGGGUGCUGCGAUUCGGUCUCUGAAUUACUAUAUUAGUCAGGAUAGGACUAGAUGCAGCGAUGUCACGAUUGCAAGUAUCCUCAUGUUCAUGAGCGUUGAUUUGCAGAGUCCAUUACACACUGACUGGCGCUCUCACGCUCUAGCCAUGCAAUACGUCGUGAAUUUACGAGGUGGCUUUAAGAACCUGUUGAAGCAGGCGCCCUUCCUAGCACCCACACUAGUCACACACAUCCUCAUCAUCACAAUGGCAAACACAUGCAGUCCAGCAUCAGACCAAGUCCAGCCCGGCAUAGCUUCAGAUGAUAUGAUAAUCGCAGAGUACACAGACCUCUACAAUCACAUCUUCCCAUACACCCUCUGCCCACCCGAGUUAUUCACCGCAGUAUUGCAGAUAAACGAUCUCCGUGCCAAAACAUCGAUAUCCAUCACAUCACUGGACGCUAGGGAUUUCAGCCUCGCCCUAGAGGCUCACAACUUGCUUAAUAGCAUUACAAGUUUUGUACCAGAAGCCUGGGCACAGCCGGGUACUUACUAUGAUGAGUUUCUCACCAUCGGCACCAUAUACCAAGCCGCCACAGUCAUAUAUUGCAUCAUGGCUCUCCAAUCCCUUACCCUGCUUUCCCCCUCCCCCUCUCUAAACUCCACACGAUCUUCCCACGGCGAGCGCCUCCUCGCCAACCUCCAGCGGGGCCUCCAAUCCCCCCGCCUCGCGAAAUUUCUGGCCUGGCCGCUUGUGGUAGCCGGUGUGGAAGCAGGGUAUCGAGGCGCGGGCGCCAGGAACUGGAUCGAUGUGAUGCUGGGAGAUAUGAGUCGCUCUUUGGGCACGAACAGUCCGCUGAAGGCGAGGACGAUAUUGCGGCGGUAUUGGAGGAAGGAUGUGCCGGGGUGGGAGGCGUGCUUUGAUUGCCGGGAUGCGACGGUGCUUGCUUGUGGGAUAUGUUGA